UCUGUCAGGCUGUCACAUUAGUUGUCGUAGGGUUUUGAAGGUUUUAGCUUCUUCUCACUCUUCACUUUCUUCGCAGAUCGCUCCACCACUUAUUUUCUCUCCUAUUAUCUUCUCACUUCUUCGGGUAAGAAAUCGCAAAAUGGCAAUGGCAGCACAAGCCAUGGCUCACCUCCAUUUUUCUCCUCACUCCGCUCACUACCAUUACCAUUACCAUUACAAUUACCAUGCUACCCUUUCUUUUCCGUCGCCACGUCAUCCCCGUAACCAAAGAUUCCAGCUUUCCUUCUCCGGAGGCGACGGCGGCGGCGGCGGGGUUGGGCGAGGUUUCGGAGGAGGAGGAGGAGGGGGAGACUCGGAUGGAGAUGGCGUUGGAUUUGGGGUUGUGGGUAAGCUUGUAAAUGGAUGGAGAUCGAGGGUAGCCGCCGAUCCACAAUUCCCCUUCAAGGUUGUGAUGGAAGAGUUGGUGGGUGUCAGUGCAUGUGUUAUGGGUGACAUGGCCACUCGCCCCAACUUUGGUCUCAACGAGCUUGACUUCGUUUUCUCAACUCUCGUUGUUGGUUCCAUUCUCAAUUUCACGCUCAUGUAUCUCUUGGCACCCACAUUGUCCUCUUCUUCCACACUCCCUGCAAUGUUUGCCACUUGCCCCAGUAGCCACAUGUUUGAACCGGGUCCUUAUGCCAUUCUGGAGCGUUGUGGGACUCUGGUGUACAAGGGAGGUGUGUUUGCUCUUGUUGGCUUCGCUGCUGGGCUGGUUGGAACUGCAAUUUCUAAUGGGUUGAUCAUGAUGAGGAAGAGGAUGGACCCCAAUUUUGAGACCCCCAACAAGCCUCCCCCUACUCUUUUGAAUGCUCUAACUUGGGCCGCUCACAUGGGUGUCAGUAGCAAUCUCAGAUAUCAGACUCUCAAUGGUGUGGAGUUCCUUUUAGAGAAAAGUGUUCCUCCUUUGGUCUUCAAGUCCUCAGUGUUUGCCCUGAGACUGUUGAACAAUGUUCUUGGAGGGAUGACCUUUGUCAUGUUGGCAAGGUUCACGGGCUCUCAGACUGUUGCCUCCUACCCCAAAGAAGAUUUUCCCAAGUGAUGGAAUCAAUCAAUUCAAUUUGAUUAGUUGUACUGUUCUUAACUUAGGAGUGCUGUUCAAAAUCUAGCAUAUGCUUGUUCCCCUUGGCCUGAGUUUAAAAGAACAAUAACAAGCUUUGUUUAUGUCAGAUGCUUUAGUUUGUGAUUUAGAACUGAAAUAUCAUGAUUACCAUACACAUCCCACAAAGGUAGAACUUCUGUUCUGUACUGAUCCCGGACAACAUUCCACUUUGUGAUUUGUGCAUCAACCCUUGACCAGGUGAACCCCCUACAUCAACUACCACUUCAUUUGUCCCUUCUCCAUUAUUUCCACGAAUUUGACAUCAUUUUAGAUUGCGUGAUAUUACCAACUCUUUGGGUUGUCCCCGAACUCUUUCAGUUGUUUGUGGAACUUAAUUUGAUGUGGACCUACAUUACAUUUAAAGCAAGCCAAUCUUGUCUUGGACGACAUCAAACUUCAAUUAUUAUUUUGUGGAGUAACCGGAGACUACAAUCA